UAGUGCUGACGCUGCUCAUUGCCCGGAGUGGAUAGCGAGAACUCGAUCACAUAAAUUCAGAUAGACAGUUAUUCACAAUGAGUACUAUGUUUGCAGACACAAUACUUAUUGUCUUCAUAUCUGUUUGCACAGCAUUGUUGGCCGAAGGUAUAACAUGGGUGUUAGUGUACCGGACAGAGAAGUACAAGAGGCUCAAGGCUGAAGUAGAAAAACAAAGCAAAAAGUUGGAGAAGAAGAAAGAGACAAUCACAGAAUCUGCUGGGCGUCAACAGAAGAAGAAGAUUGAAAGACAGGAGGAGAAACUCAAGAACAAUAACAGAGACCUAUCAAUGGUACGAAUGAAGUCCAUGUUUGCCAUUGGCUUCUGCUUUACUGCAUUAAUGGGCAUGUUCAAUUCUAUCUUCGAUGGACGAGUUGUAGCAAAGCUUCCGUUUGUCCCUUUGUCCUACAUCCAAGGUCUCUCUCACCGUAACCUGCUGGGUGAAGAUUACACUGACUGUUCUUUCAUCUUUCUUUACAUCUUGUGUACCAUGUCCAUUAGACAGAACAUCCAGAAAAUGCUGGGUCUGGCUCCAUCUCGUGCUGCCACCAAACAAGCUGGAGGAUUUUUGGGACCCCCACCACAAGCAGCCAAGUUCUCUUAAACUCAUUGGACAAUAAGCAUUCUCUCUUCUGUUGGCUGGAGGAAAUGGCUCCCUCUGCUGCACAUUGUGCAACCAGCACUCCUAAAACAUGAGAGAACAGUAUUUAAAGGCAGCAGCUACCACUGCCUGUAGCGACCUCACCAUGUAUAUAUUCUGUAUGAUUCAGUUUGGCAAUUUACUCAAGCUCAGAAUAAUCAUCUUUAAAGAACAGUUCAACCAUGACAAAUCAGUGGCACAUCAGCGGUGUCAAAUCCAUUAUUUAUUUAUUUUUUUCCUCCUUUGCAUACAGUGUGAAUAUGGAACUGCCUGGCAUAGACUAUUUAAUUGCUCCUGGCUAGCAAGCCAGACUUCUGGGAAGUAUGUAUACACAGCCGUGCAGGUAGCCAGUCAGAAUGUAAGUGACAAAAUUGCAAUGGUUGUGGCCAGCUUUGUGUGCAAAAGAUAUCAGACGAUCAGUUGCUGGGUGGGCAGGGCAUCUGAGACUGGCCUCCUUGUUGGAACACUGAGGUGGUCUGCUCUUUUCAAAGGCAAAGGAUAGGCCCUGUAAUCAAAAAUUUGACACGUGAUGUUGUAUGCUUUAUAUUUAUUGCAAUUUCAUAUAUUUUUAAAAUUUCUUUGUUGGUAUUUAUUUCAGGAAACUAUGUUUUCGGAGCAUGUUAAAUGAAACAUUAUGCAUUGUAUUCACUAGUAAAUAUUUUAAACCAUAAGAGUCAUGACAAAUGCAAAUAAUGAUAGAGCUAUAAAGAAGUAGUACCAACUAAGAAAUAGUAGUUCUUUUCAAAAUAAAAGGAAAACUUCUUGGUGAUCAUUCACUUCAGUCACGCAGUUGCAUUUACACUGUUCAAAACUGCAUGCAAAGCAGGGAGGAAGUUGCGUUAACUGGGUUAACAGAAGACACGAUUUAAUUCACUAAAAGUUGAACUAUUCUUGUAAAAGAUGGAGUGCCCUCAUUUUCAUUUUAGUACAUAAUUGUAAUCAUCUGUAUUUUUAUGGGUCAUCCUACUGUGCUGCAUAAUACAGAUGUAGAUUUUGGUGAUGGUGAAGAACGGAUAAAGCUAAAUGCUAACAGGUGCUUUUAGUGUCGCUAACCCUUUCAGAACCUUAAAUUGAAGAAUAAUAUUUUUAAUUAGGACUUUCUUUACAGUUAAUUUUAUUUAAGUGUAUUUGUGGAACAAUACAAUAAAAGAAAUUUUGUUAAUUUUAA